ACCGGCCUGCCUCUCACUCCCUUCCUGGCCGCUGCUGCAUCACAACAGCCGUCGCUAGCUCCAGUGGUGACCGGGGGGGCCGGCUCGUCUUGUCGCCGAGUCCGUGACACACAAGAACCUUCCGCAAGUGGGUCCCCAGCCCCAAUCGCCCCCGCUCCAGCACCAGCUCGUUGGGUCAUGGCCAGGCCGGAACAGGUUCUGCUCUUGGAGCCUCAGCACGAACUGAAAUUCCGAGGUCCAUUCUCCGACGUAGUCACCACCAAUCUCAAGCUCGCCAACCCUACAGACCGGAAUGUGUGUUUCAAGGUGAAGACGACCGCGCCACGCCGGUACUGCGUUCGGCCAAAUAGCGGAAUCAUCGAUGCGGGCACCUCCAUCAAUGUCUCGGUCAUGCUGCAGCCUUUUGAUUACGACCCCAACGAGAAGAGCAAACACAAGUUCAUGGUUCAGUCCAUGCUAGCGCCCCCGGACAUGACCGACAUGGAAGGAGUGUGGAAGGAGGCAAAGCCGGAGGAGCUUAUGGACUCCAAGCUGAGGUGUGUUUUUGAGAUGCCAGCGGAGAACGAAAAGACGCACGACAUGGAGUCCAACAAGAUGAUGUCGUCCAGCUUGCUGAAGUCCGAGUCCUCCUCGCUGCCGCCAAAGUCGAUGAGCUCCACCCUGGACGACGGCGAGGUGAAGAAGAUAAUGGAGGAGUGCAAGAGGCUCCAGAUGGAGGCUCAGAGGCUACGGGAAGAGAACAAACAGAUCAGGGAGGACGACGGUCUGCGGAUGAGGAAGAGCAACGUGAUGUCCUCCCAGCACUCUUCGGCCAGCCUGAAGAAGGACGAAGGCCUGAGUGCCCGCUCGGCCGCCCUCAUCAUCCUCUUCUUUUUGCUGGGCGUCAUCGUGGGCAAGUUGGUCUUGUAGAGCGUGGCAUAGUCUGGUUUGGGGCGGGCGGGGCCACAGCAUGUUUUUUUUUUCCUCGGGGGAUUGCAGGAUUUAGGAUCAGAAAUGACAUAUCUGAUGUGAAAGGGGAUGCGUUGUUGGGAGGAAGCUGUUUGAAUUGAGCCUGAUUUAUAGUAAAAAACAAUAAAGGUAAUGUAUGGGGGGAAGAAAGAAAAAACAAAAACAUGAAAAUAAUUCACCGUCUUCUGAACAAGCUGUUGCAGACCUUGCCUGAUCAUCGCAUUCAAGUCAAUCUUGUCCCUUCUCACCAAAUUCUAUGAGGGGCAUAGCAGAAAAUUUGCGAGAUGCGUUUGGUGUUUUUUCUCAAUGACAGGAGUAACCCCCCCCCCCACACACACACACACCUCCACGAUAUACUGUACCCAAAGGGGAUCCUCCCACCUUAAACCCCCUUAUGGGAGAGAUUCAGGAGAUAAUCAUCCAGACAGGCGGGACUCACUAAAAUCCACUUUGAUUGACAAACAACCUUGAUCAGUGUGCAAAACUCAUAUGUACGUCCCGUUUAGUUUCACCUUAUUCCCAACACUACAGUACAUCUCCACGUGGAGGUGAUCUUGUUUGCAUGUGUUCACAGCUGAAUGUUGCAUCUGGACUUUUUGGAAUCUAAUUUAAUUGCUUUUAUAAUGGUGUUAAUUGUGUCAUUAUUUGGCUGUAGGUUUGCAGUUAUGUUUUCUGAUAUUUUUAUUCCCUCUCAUUUGUUUCAUUUUUGUGAUCUUUUUUUUUUUUAUUUUAAUUUUUUUUCCUGUUACAUUGUAAAAGUGCAUUUAAGAUUUAAUGCCGCUGCCAGGAAAAACCAGCUCCAGAUUUUUUCAGGUUUCCGAUGGUGUCUGUCUAUGUUCACCAGGCCAACGCUUUGCCUUGUGACCUGUUUGGGUGAGUUUGUUGUUCCUCAGGCCGAUAGACACUACAGUACACGUAUAUGUAUCCACAUAACGCACGCCUGGAAAUAUACACACACAUGUAAAAGGUGCAUGCAGAAACGAUGGUUAUUUUGUUUCCAUGGCAACAUUAACAACACGAUGUGCGCAGCUUUUCCUCAUCUUUUCCUACUGGGCCAUACAUUUAAGUUUUUUUUUUUUCUCCGGGCAAAUGUAAGUUAGCAAAUGGUGUCAUGUUGUAAGAUGCCUUCGCCUGAUGUCCAAUUUGUUUUAAAUGUUUUUUUUUUUUUUUUUUUUGUAUCUUCACUGUAUCUCCACAUGUUCCGUUGUGGUCAUUUGUUCGGGCAUCUGUUUUGCUCGUCCACAUUAUAAUCCUAAAGGCAUUUGAAGUUGUUUAAUUCACUAAGGUGAAGCUUGUGAUAUUCUUGUAUCGCUAUAUAUUUAUACAUCUACAUAUAUGGCUAAAGUCUCGAGGGACCACACCAUGACAACGUACUGUUCUGGAGCCAGUGAAUAUUUUUGAUUUAGAAAUAAAAUGGAUAAAUCACGUUCAAAAUUGUUUCAUCUCACAAAUUUGCAUAAAACGAAUAACAAAUAAUGAAGAAAAAAAAACGCUAAUUUUCCUAGUGAAUUUAAAGGCGUGAGUUCUUACUACAGUAUAUUUGUGCUAUGUGGUUUGAGGAAGACUCGCUGAGUGGAGGGCAGAGCAAACCUGAGAUCAGCUCAGUAGUCGGAGGGCCGGACGUGCGUCAUAUAGUAAAUACUUAUAGAAAAAUGUAUUUUUCACUGAAGCGUGGGGACAUCUGACAAGAAAAAUACUGCAAUUUUACCAGAAUGUGUGUUAAAAACAAAAACAAAAAAUCUAACUAACACCACUAUGCUGCCAUGAUGCACCACCAAUUUGCAAAUAGGCUGAACCACACGAUGACAAUUCUACAUGUAAAUACUUGUUGAUGCAGGCAAGACACUACAGUGACCAUCACCUGAAGCAGUUGAGCAACUGUUUUGUAUGUAUGUAAACAAAUAUGUCUAUCUGAGAAGAAGAAGAAAAACAUAAAUAUUCCUAGUCAAGUAGUCUCUCUGGUGUAUAAAAGCAAAAUCCCACCUGGUUGGACUAUGUAGCAUCUUAAUAAAUUAAAGGAAUUAAAGUCCCAA